CCUCUUGCUAUGAGGCGACAGUGCUAACCACUGCACCACCGUGCCGCCCAUAAAUUGAAGUACAAUGAAUGAAAAAAAAAAGUGCUUUAAGGUGCACAAUAACUCUGUCAUGUCUAAAUGAAAUCCUCAGCACCUUCCUAUCACUUGGAAACAGUCUGUGUUGUUUGUAGGAUCCAGCUUCUUAUCAGAUCUGUGCGGUCCCUCCCUCACUCUUCUCUGACAAGCAGUCAACAUUCCUGCAGACUCCCACCCAACCUCUCACAUACGUCUUACUCACCUCUCCCUCCUGGUCUGCCUCACUAGUCGUAUCUCUCAGCAAUCCAGACACAGAAGUAAAGAUGUCCCGGACGUACGCGACCCUCCUGGCUCUCCUCGCUGUGCUUCUUGCUCUUUCUUUGUCUCCAGGGGCUGACUCUGCAGCUGUGCCCAGCAGCACAGGCAACACCAAAGACCCACAAGGUCCCCUGAAGAGGAUCUUCAUGAAGGAGGCAGAUGCCUUGAACUUCUUCAGAAGACGCAGCAGACGCGGUGUGAAGUCUCAGGAUGAAAUUAACGCUGAGCAGAGGCAGAUUCUGGCUGCAGACGAGCGCAAGAGAGAGUUUCACGAGGAGAAGAGGAACGAGUUUGAGAGCUACGCCGAGGAAGACCACGAUGAACAAGACGAGAGGACCAGAGAGAGCACCGAGCAGUGGAGGGAGUUUCACUACGACGGGAUGCAUCCUCCACACGAGUACAACCGUCACUCCAUCUGAGAGCUGA